AUGAAUACGGACACAGAUAGUGUGAUCUCUUUUUCAACUGGGACAGGCCACGAUCGGCCACUUACACCCUCAUCAUGGGCUGAUCUAGAAGCUGACAGUUAUGAGUGGAUCAACGACAAAGGCAGCGUCUGCCAUGGCCCCGAGACUGAUGUCGACAGCGUCGACUUUGAUACCCAGAGCCAUACCUCGAUAUCUCCUAGUGUUUAUAACUACGAGCAUCAACAUGACCGUCGUUACCAUGGAUACAAACGAGGCCGUUAUCCUCUGCCGAAUGAUGCCCAUGAGCAGAACUUGGAUGAACUCAAGCAUUUUAUCAUGAUGGAGCUUGCUGAUGGCCAACUUUUUAUGAGUGAUCUAGAUGUGAUCCCAACCAAGGUCAUCGACGUUGGAACUGGAACUGGUACUUGGGCAAUUGACCUUGCGGAUAAAUACCCCAAUUCAUACAUUGUCGGCACCGACCUCUCCCCAAUCCAGCCGUCAGCUCUUCCUCCAAAUUGCCAUAUGUUUGUUGACGACUGUGAAGAAGAAGAUUGGGGAUUUGACGAUGACUUCGACCUGGUACAUUUCCGGAACAUGGCUUGGACACUGUACAACCUGGAUGAGAUGCUGAAUAAGGCCUACACGAACCUCAACCCUGGCGGCUGGGUCGAGUUUCAGGAGUUUCUCCCUCAGAUCUUUUGUGAUGACGAUACCAUGAAAGCUGACGACCCGCUGCAAGCUUUCGCUCAGAUCAGUGCGGAUGGGAUGCGCAAGCUGGGCUACAGGAGCUUUGGGUCACAAGACUUAGCGGAGAGCCUGAAGAGUUCGGGCUUUACCGACGUUCAAUGUGUCACAAAGAAGGUACCAAUUGGGGCGUGGACGGCGGACCAGAAGCUCAAAUAUCUCGGUGGGCUCAUGCGGACGGUGGUCGAAGAGUCUCUAAGUGCGUACCUGGCGAAGCCGUUUGCCGCCAUGGGCAUCUCCCCCGAUGAGAGGAAUGGUUUGGUGUCGAGCGUCAAGUCCAGUCUCCAGGACCAGCGUAUUCAUCGCUAUGUUAAGGUCCAGUUCUGCUAUGGGCAGAAACCAGAGGAUGAGGACGAGUGCGGAAGUACCUUUGACGGGAGUUUCUAG